GUGGUGCACAGGCUAAAGGAAGAGCAGAUGAGGAGGAAAAAGCGAGAAGAUCGUCUUGAGAAAAUUCGCCAUAAUGUGCAGUUAAAAUAUGCAGCAAAGAGGAAGAGAUCUGAGGAGGAUGAGACAAAGCGCCUCCUUCAGCUCAGCAAGGAGGUUCUUUCAGAGGCAGCUGGAGCAGAUGUUCUAGAGCAGCUGGAUCACAAUGAGGAGGAGCUGAUUCUUGCUGAAUAUGAGAGUGAUGAAGAAAAGAAAGUGGUCUCUGGGCUGGAAGAAGAUGACGAGGAUUUGGAAGAGGAACAUGUGACUAAGAUUUACUACUGCAGCCGCACUCACUCCCAGCUGUCCCAGUUUGUGCACGAGGUGCAAAAGAGUCCUUUUGGCAAAGACACACGUCUGGUCUCCUUGGGAUCCCGGCAGAACCUGUGUGUGAAUGAGGAGGUGCAACGCUUGGGGGCUCUCCAGCUCAUCAAUGACCGCUGCAUGGAGAUGCAAAAGAACAAACAUGAAAAGAAGAGUGGUGAAGAGAUGGAAGGGAAGAAGAGACGUGCGAGUCGCACCGUAUGCCCAUUUUAUUCCUAUGAGCAAAUGCAGUUUCUCCGCGAUGAAGUUCUAGUGGAAGUGAAGGAUAUUGAGCAGUUGGUGGCUUUGGGCAGGGAGACCAAAGCCUGCCCGUACUAUGGGAGUCGAUACGCCAUUCCUGCUGCUCAGCUGGUGGUACUGCCCUAUCAGACGCUCUUGCACGAGCCUACCAGGACCGCUGCUGGGAUCAAGCUGAAGGACCAAGUCGUAAUCAUUGACGAGGCCCACAACCUCAUAGACACCAUCACCUGUAUCCAUAGUGCGGAGGUCAGUGGCUCUCAGCUGUGCUGUGCCCACUCCCAGCUGUUGCAGUACAUGGAGCGAUACAGGAAACGUUUGAAGGCAAAGAACUUGAUGUACAUUAAGCAGAUCCUGUAUUUGCUGGAGCGGUUUGUGGCCAUGCUGGGAGGCAAUGUGAACCAAAAUCCUAGCUGUCAGGCAGUUUCCCAAACAGGGACAGUGCUAAAAUCCAUCAAUGACUUUCUAUUUCAGAGCCAGACUGACAAUAUCAACCUCUUCAAGGUUCAGCGUUACUGCGAGAAGAGCCUCAUCAGUAGGAAGCUUUUUGGGUUUGUGGAGCGCUACGGAGGCCCUGCCAUGGCUGUGAAGACCAACAAGGAGAACCAGAAGUUGGCUGGUUUGCAGAACUUUCUUCUGACCCUCCAGCAGGGAUCUGAUAAAGAGAGGACUCCCCAGAGCCUUCCCGUGGAGGCUGAGAACGACCAGCUCCGAGCUGCCUCUCCACUGAUGCAGAUUGAAGGAUUCCUCUCAGCCCUCACGAACGCAAACCAGGAUGGCAGAGUCAUUCUCAACAGGCAAGGCACAGUUGGUCAGAGCAGCCUCAAAUUCCUCUUGCUGAAUCCAGCUGUCCACUUUGCCAAGGUGGUGGAAGAAUGCCGUGCUGUAAUCAUCGCUGGGGGCACCAUGCAGCCG